UUGCAUAUGACAACCAGCGGGAAGCUCAAUAUCUCCACUUCAUCGGCCAUAAGUGCAGACUACCCUGAUGUGACAAAUCCUUCCUUUCACCACCAUACGCUGGUCAACAAAACGCUCAAAACGCUCGCUAUAACUCCCAGCACGUCACUGUCGAUAUUUCAAGGACUGCGAUUGGUCCUCUGUCCCAAAGGAAAAGCUCUUCGCCUGCGAAUGCCCGCCAAACAGUAGUGGUAUCUCCCAUAAAUAAACAACAACAACAACAACUCUCAGUGCACCACCACCACCGCCACCAUGCUACCAACGCCAUCAACAUCACACGUCAAUUAUGCUCACAUAUACGAGCCAGCCGAAGACUCGUACUUGCUCCUCGACACUCUCUCUUCCAGUUCCGAGGCCACCUUUCUGCACAACCGUUUUCCAGCAACUGCACCAUCACCACUGGUCCUCGAGGUGGGUCCGGGAUCUGGCGUCGUCCUGGCCUUUGCGACAGCCAAUGCCAAUCACAUCAUAGGACGGAUCGAUGCAGUCAGUAUAGGAGUGGAUGUCAAUCCCUUCGCCUGCACUGCCACCGCACAGACGGUACAAGGCGCGAUCAAAGACGCUCACCCCGGAAAGACUGCCAACUUUCUCGACAGCAUAUGCGGCGACCUCACCACCUGUCUCCGGCCCAGUUCCGUUGAUGUGCUCAUCUUCAAUCCGCCGUACGUGCCCACAGAGGAGCUACCAGCGCAAUGGAACGACCAGUCGGACUACCAGUCGCUCUCACGUACGGCUCGCUUCGAUCGAGACUCACAUCUGUUGUCAUUGUCGUAUGCGGGAGGAGCAGAUGGUAUGGAGACGACGGAUCGGCUGCUGGAACAGAUCCCGGAAGUGCUGAGCCAUCGUGGAGUGGCGUACAUUCUUCUGUGCAAGCAGAACAGGCCGGAGGAAGUUGCAAGGAGGGUUCGAAGCUGGCCGAGGUCAUGGCAGGCCGAGAUUGUGUCUUCCAGUGGGAAGUCGGCAGGGUGGGAGAAGCUCUGCAUCCUGCGAAUCUGGCGUUCAUAGUUCCAUCAACCGGUUGACAUAUUCGGUUCAAUCAGAUUCCUAUUCCAAUUCGGUCCGAUCAUACUCGCCCCUAUAGUGGAAGUCGCUCAACCCCUCAUUCCACGGCUCAUUCGCAGAGAACAUGGAGUCAUCUCUUCCAUUGUGACUCUUGCUCGGAUCCCCCAUCAAUAGAUCAUCACUCAACCAUUCAGUCCCGUCUUUCUGACGUGACUGCACCUCGCCCUUUAUGCCCGCGCAGGGGAUGACAGCGUUCCCAUACCCCGGCCACAGAUUAAUGUCAAAAUCCUCGCCAUCGUCUGCGACCCGAUCCAUCACGCAACCCGUCUUAUACAACACGACGUCAUUCAAUUUCUGGCCCCGAUGGGCAUAAUUGAUGUGAUCCAGAUACAAAUCGAUUCCAUGGUAUACACCACCUCCACCUUGCACGACUCCGAGAAACACGCAAAAGAGACAUUUGAACGAAAACUGUCCUUUGACGACCACUUUUUGCACCACAUGUGAUUUUGCCAGAAAUCUCCAACGUACUCUGAUGCCCUUUGCCGAGGAAGUAAAUACUCUCCGCCAGAUGAGUUCGACAUCGGUGUGAGCGUGAGAGGAGCGGAACAAGCACGAUUUGGCGUUACAUGCGAGGAAGUAGGGGGCGGCAGCGUAUACUCCCGGAUGACGGGACCACGGCUCGACUUGUUUGUGUGCGGUGAAGGCUCCCUUUUUAUCGCCAUUUUGAAGUUUCCAGGACGAUUUGCAGAGGCCGAGAAAUUCGUUGUCCGGGCAUGGUUGAGGCGCUGUUGCAGCUCCUCCAGAGGCAUGGGAAUUGGAGGCUCCAAGACCUGCGGCCAUGCCGGCGCCGAAACUGGCGAAGCUCGGGGCAAUACUAGCUGUGCGAACGCCAUUCAGAGUGAGGUUGGGAGAGGAGGGUGGUGCGAGGGAAUUGGUAUUGGAGAUUGCGUGAUGGAGGGCGGUGAAGUUCUCGAUAUCGCUGGACGAGGUGGCGUUGGGAGCGAGAGAAAGGGUUUCCCGGCGUUCGUUCGGAGAGGGACGAGCACCCCAAAUUUCGGACGGAUUAUCCUCCCAGUCCUCGUAGGUGAAGCGUGCUUCUCGGGUGGCGGUGCUAUUGUUGCCAUUAUUGUUGUUAUUCGUGACAUGAGAAGAAGCUGUGUUGGAUCGAUCUCGCGUAGGUCUAUCGUGAGAGUGUCUUGCCCCAAGAUCUUCCGAGGGACGCAGGGCAAGAGGGACUGUCGUUGUUGUCGUUGCUGUUGAUGAUGCGGUGCUGGUCGGUGCUGUGGCCUCUGCUAUAGCAUCCGGGAGGUUCUUGUCGGUGGUGCUGUUCGUACGAGUGUGCUUCAAAAAGUGUAGGAGAGAGUUUCGCUUCUUGUGUCGCUGCUGUACAUCUUGCACUUCUUCUGCGCCCGAGGUGGCAUCGCCGUCGUCGGAAGGUGACACGCGAAAGUCCCUCUGCCAUGUUGGAUGUUUUUUGAGUUCACUCGGUCGCUGGGCUGGGUGUUGGAAGGAGAGUGGGGGCUGUGGCUGAGAGAGGGUUCGCUCUGAUCGUGACUUGAGGGGUAUUUCAGCGACGGGAGGCUGCAGUGGUGGUGUUUGUGUGGGUGUGUGUACUCCCAGCUCGGUCCUGCUGGAGUGGGGAGAAUGAAAGUCUUCUCUCGAGGUGCCAUGGAUCAGCCUCUGCUUGAAUUCGUGCAACACGGCAAUGGUCUUGUCUCUUCCUCCAUCAGCGGCGUCGACUAGGUAGGUGAAGUCGGUAAUGGCAUAGUCGUCGUCGAAGGCGGCGUGGCGCAGCUUCUCCAGCAGACUCGCCUGCAACUGUAUUGUGACCUGCUGCAACUGAAUGAUGGCAAUGUGGUCUCCCUCUUGAAAGGCCUUCCCAAAGCGAGCCAGUCCUCGCUGCUUCUCUUUCUCAAUCUCGUCGGGGGCCGCAUCGAUGCUCUCCUCCAGUAGUCGCGGCGGGGGCGGGGCUCGUUUCAGGGCGCGCUUUCUCUUGAUCUUGUCGAGGAUGGCGGAGCCGUCGUAGAAGGCCUGCUUGGUAGCAUCGAGACAGGUCUGUAUGCGGUUACUCCGCCCGUUAGCGAUUAUCAGCCAUAGCUAUGGUCGAGGCAAGGCAGGUUGCGGGAUUAGGCAGGUCAGGUAGUGGCAUGCAUGCACGUAUGCGACCAUAGGUGCAUGACAUUUGGGGCACUACGACGUGAGAGAAGUCGACUACAGCCCGAGGUCCCUGUCCAUGGCAUAAUAUGGCAUGCAUGCACUGGCACUGGCACUGCACUGCACUGCACUGCACUGCACUUGCACUUGCACUGGCACUGGCAUUUGCACUGCUACUGACCGUGAUGCUGACUGCCAUGUCUGCUCUGGCACUAUCCGUCAAGGCGGCCAUGUUGGAGGCUGACCUCAGGCAUGCAUUCAGGUGGGAAGACGGGCAGGGCAGGCUGAGGGGAGGUGGUGGAGCGAGUCGGACAGGUCAGAGGCC